GUGCCGUGUAUGGAAGUCACGGGCGCCGAGGCCGCCAGACCUACACGCGCUACCAGACGCUGGAGCUGGAGAAGGAGUUCCACUUCAACCGCUACCUGACGCGGCGCCGCCGCAUUGAGAUCGCCAACGCGCUCUGCCUCACCGAGCGCCAGAUCAAGAUCUGGUUCCAGAACCGCCGCAUGAAGUGGAAAAAGGAAAAUAAACUCAUCAAUUCCACACAGCCCAGCGGGGAGGACGCUGAGGCAAAGGCGGGCGAGUAGACGCCUGGGCAGGGACCAGGCCAGCACCGCAACCUCCCUCGGCUUUGCCCCCUUGCCUUCGCCUGCUCCCCAACUUUUCUCCCCCGCCUGCCCCCAUCCGGGGGGCUUCUGCAGCUUCAGGGGAGCCGGGAGCUUUGCAAACGCCUGAGCAUUUAUUUCUCACACACACACAAAAUCCCACCCACAGCCAAUCUCAGCGGUGGAGCGGGGCGCACUGCACACACGGUCCCGCUCUCCAAGGCUGCCCUAGCCGGCUUCGGAUCCCAGGGCGCGCCCCGAAUUCGUCCCCGGCUCUUGUGCUAGCGCCUUUGCGCGCCCCUGAGCUCGGGACGCGGGGUUGCUGGAGAGGAAAGAACCUGGGCCGAGCCCCUUUUGGUGCCUGGGCGUUUUCGCCUCGGUCCCUCGCCACCAAGUCCCGGAGGGCACCACCAAAUCGACUCCGGCCACUGGAAAGAGGGGGCAUAAAGGCUGGGGCCCCAGCACUUUGGUGGCAUCCCAGGCCGCCCCUAGACAGGAAGAAGCGUGAGGAACAAAGGGGGCCCUGAGACAGCCUUGUCUCUCGGCCCCGCGCGCGACCGUCCGUGGAAGAGAAGCAGCCUCAGCUGAGCCGACCCAACCUGAGCGCGGGUGGAACUUUACAGCCCCGGGAGAGACUGGGCUCCCGAAGUCUCCAGCUCCGGAUCCCGGAUCCCCGCCUCCGACAGUGCCUGCGCAGCCACCAGAGAGUAGCUUUCAGGACCUAAGGAGGGGGCCCAGGGCCAUGGGAACGGCAAGAGUCCUGGUUUCCAAAUGUGCCAGGGGUGCCUUCGACUCUCAGCCUCCAGCGGGAAGUACCCUCCAUGCCUUUCGGCUACAUUCGUGAUUCACUUUCGUCUUUCAGGACCCAGGAAAAUAACUACGAAGAUCCUAGGCACUAACACGAAAUGCUUCCAUUAGCACCCUCAUUUCAAUCCUGGAGAUCUAAGCAAGACCCUAAUAACUCGGCCCACGGAUUCCCAGCCCCCAAACAGCUUCUGUGGCUGCGGGGAGCCUGGGCCCACUCGCUGGGUUCACCGAGAACCCUCCGAAUUGGGGCCCGGCUGGCUCGAGGAAAGGGACCUGGUGGUGAAGAUUCUCCAGGCUGGAUACUUAAAGCAAAUCAAAUAGCGAACUAAUGACACGAAAACCAUAUUUGCACGAAAGAAAAAUCGACUCCGGUUAUAAAAGUGUAUGGAAUUUGACCUCGCCUCGGAGAAACACUACACAAAAGCUAUCUUUAAUAGACGCCUGUCAUUUAAGAGCGGCAGGGACACUGUCCCUCAUGCACUCACAAAAAAAACAGAGCCGUAAUUGUAGCUGCUGCUGCGGGCAGGAUUUAUUUCUCCAAUUGGCUAAAUGGCCUCCCCCCUUCCCCGAAGGUGAUAUCUGUAUUUUCAAAUUUCAGAGCUGCCGGCACGACGGGCAAAACCGACCCCAACCUCAACACAAAAAUAAGAGGGGCUGCACAGCGGGGAAAUAAAGUUGUUGUAAAUAAAAUCCAAGUCACCGUCUCCCCCCAAUCCUCUGCAUCCUCGCCGGGCGCGCGAUCGGCAGCUGACGGCCUCACAAUUGGUACAUCCUAAUGGAACUGCGAGGGAAAUGCAAUAAUUUUGCCAUAAUGGGCUGUAACCUCAAUUCGACCCCGGCCCUUGCAGCCCUCGGUCGGAAGCGGAGCGAUGCGCCCUGCCUCCAGCGGGUGGCGCUCGAGUCCGACUGAACGGCGGCGGCGGGUGGCGGGCACGCGCCUGGGGCGCGCGCGCCACCCCUCUUGCCUCCACCCAACUCCCCCAUUAGUGCACGAGUUUACCUCUAGAGGUCAUCAGGCAGGAUUUACGACUGGACAACAAAAGCACGUGAUUCGAAGUCGUACCCCAUAUUUGGGUGCCUACGUAGGAGGGAACCAAGUACAUGUCCCAGUCAUUUCCAUAAUUCAUCAUAAAUUGUGCAAGGGUGCUAUAGACGCACAAACGACCGCGAGCCACAAAUCAAGCACACAUAUCAAAAAACAAAUGAGCUCUUAUUUUGUAAACUCAUUUUGCGGUCGCUAUCCAAAUGGCCCGGACUACCAGUUGCAUAAUUAUGGAGAUCAUAGUUCCGUGAGCGAGCAAUUCAGGGACUCGGCGAGCAUGCACUCCGGCAGGUACGGCUACGGCUACAAUGGCAUGGAUCUCAGCGUCGGCCGCUCCGGCUCCGGCCACUUUGGCUCCGGGGAGCGCGCCCGCAGCUACGCGGCCGGCGCCAGCGCGGCGCCUGCCGAGCCCAGGUACAGCCAGCCGGCCACGUCCACGCACUCGCCUCCGCCCGACCCGCUGCCCUGCUCCGCCGUGGCCCCCUCGCCCGGCAGCGACAGCCACCACGGCGGGAAAAACUCCCUGGGCAACUCCAGCGGCGCCUCGGCCAACGCCGGCAGCACCCACAUCAGCAGCAGAGAGGGGGUUGGCACGGCGUCCGGAGCCGAGGAGGACGCCCCCGCCAGCAGCGAGCAGGCGAGCGCGCAGAGCGAGCCGAGCCCGGCGCCGCCCGCCCAACCCCAGAUCUACCCCUGGAUGCGCAAGCUGCACAUAAGUCAUGACAACAUAGGCGGCCCGGAAGGCAAAAGGGCCCGGACGGCCUACACGCGCUACCAGACCCUGGAGCUGGAGAAGGAGUUCCACUUCAACCGCUACCUGACCCGCCGAAGAAGGAUUGAAAUAGCACAUGCUCUUUGCCUCUCCGAGAGACAAAUUAAAAUCUGGUUCCAAAACCGGAGAAUGAAGUGGAAAAAAGAUAAUAAGCUGAAAAGCAUGAGCAUGGCGGCGGCGGGAGGGGCCUUCCGCCCCUGAGUAUUUGAGCGUUUAAAGUACUGAGCAGUAUUAGCGGAUCCCGCGUAGUGUCAGUACUAAGGUGACUUUCUGAAACUCCCUUGUGUUCCUUCUGUGAAGAAGCCCUGUUCUUGUUGCCCUAAUUCAUCUUUUAAUCAUGAGCCUGUUUAUUGCCAUUAUAGCGCCUGUAUAAGUAGAUCUGCUUUCUGUUCAUCUCUUUGUCCUGAAUGGCUUUGUCUUGAAAAAAAAAAAAUAGAUGUUUUAACUUAUUUAUAUGAAGCAAGCUGUGUUACUUGAAGUAACUAUAACAAAAAAAAAAAGAGGAAAAAAAAACACACAAAAAAGUCCCCCUUCAACCUCGUUUAGUGCCAAUGUUGUGUUGCACUCCAGUUGUUUAACUGUGCAUGUGAGUGGAAGUGUUCCUGUCUCAAUAGCUCCAAGCUGUUAAAGAUAUUUUUAUUCAAACUACCUAUAUUCCUUGUGUAAUUAAUGCUGUUGUAGAGGUGACUUGAUGAGACACAACUUAACUUGUUUGACGUGUAGUGACUAGUGACUCUGUGACGAAAACUGUGACUCCAAGCGGUGUGUCCCUGCGUGCCUUUGUAGGACCCUUUGCACGAACUCUGGAAGUGGCUCUUAUAAGCGCAGCUUCAGUGAUGUAUGUUUUUGUGAACAAAGUUACAAAUAUUGUCCGAGUCUGGCUGUUUAAGCAAACUGUGAUCAGCUUUUUUUUUUUUUUUUUUUUUGUAUUUGUUUUUAAGGAAAAAAUACUGACUGGAAACAAAAAAAUAAACUUUCUAUUGUAAGUUCUCUUGGUCUGGUUUGUGCCAAA